AGGUCCGCAUGAUGAGCAGUAAGAGGCUGCGCAGACCGACUGAUUGCUGAGAACGAAAUAGCAGAUGAUGACAGACUUUGCGAUGAAGGUGAAGAUGAAGAUGAAGAUGAAGAUGACGUCUUGUCCUUGCCGCUGAGGUCUCUGUCAGACUCCGACGAGCUAAUAAGGGAGCUGCCAUGAGCAUAUGACUGACAAUUCCGUGAGGUUUGAGUGGUCAGUUGCGUCGGAAGUUUCAUAGAGAGCAUGCUGGAAAUGAUUGGUCGAGCUUGUGACGCCAGAGUCCGGGAAGCUGAGCGCUCUGUUCUAUCUGAUUCCCGAAAUUUAGUGUAUUUCGUCGUAGGAGUUGCCGAAUAAGUGUACAUUCCGAUUGGAUGACUUUAUUUGGUGCUCUGUAACGUCUAAUUUGGUUGUUUCGUGUUCUGUCAGAAUCUUAUCGAGGCAAAGAUAAAGAUUGGUCAUUCUGUUGAAUUUGUUUUGGUUUAGCAAUUGGCGGUGAAAAUGAAGGGCCAUGAGGCGAAGAUGGCGAGAAUGGAGGAAAUUCUUAACCUGCCAGUUCAAGAACCACCGAGUGCUGAGUUUUCUGCAGCUGAUAUUAAGUGGGUGAAAGUCGAGGGAGGUCGGCUGGGCGGGGAUAAUGUUGCACUAAUACCUUUUUCUAGGGUUGAUGAUUUCGUGAAAGGAGAAUCUGCCAAUGCAGAAUGCCCCGCUAACUUCAGGAUCGAAUCGAGAAGGAAAAGGUGUGAGGGGAGUAUCAGUAAGCCGAGAGUUGAUGGCUAUCUUGAGCACACACUGUACUGGUGCUCUUAUGGUCCUGAAGACUAUCGUAAUAUCGAUUCUGGUAUUGACGAGGGAAUGGGCAUCAAACCUGCAUCAGGGAAGGGCAGCAGACCUGGGAGGCGUCACAUGAUGAGAGGCUGUCUUUGCCAUUUUACUGUCAAGCGCCUCUACACUCGGCCCUCAAUUGCCCUAAUUAUCUACAAUCAGCGAAGACAUGCGGAUAAAACUGGAGCCCCAUGUCAUGGAGUCCUCGAUCGCCAGUCACUAGGCACGAGAGCUAUGUAUGCUCCCAGAAUAUCAGAAGAAUUACGCCAGAAAGUGAUAUCCAUGCUUUACAUUGGUAUAUCCUUGGACAAUAUAAUGCAGCAUCACAUGGAAGUGGUUCAGAGGCAUGGGGGGCCUCAAAGUCGUGAUGAUUUCCUCACUCGUAAUGAUGUACGAAACAUGGAGAGGGUUAUCCGUAGUUCUUCAUAUCGAUUAGAUGAAAAUGAUGAAUGUAGUGUGAAGAUGUGGGUGCAGCGGCAUCAGAAGAAUGUUUUCUUCUUCCAAGAUUACGGUAGCCCGGAACCUUUUGCUCUGGGGAUUCAGACAGAUUGGCAGCUGCAACAGAUGCUUCAGUAUGGGCAUAAUGGUACAAUUGCUGCUCAUUCAAAUUUUGGCAUGAAGAAACUCAAGUAUCCCCUCUGCACGCUGCUUGCUUUUGAUACAUCCCAUAAUGCUAUCCCAGUUGCUUGGAUCAUUACUUCAUCCUUUGUUGGUCCAAGUAUUCAUAAAUGGAUUGGUUCCCUUGCUGAAAGAGUCCGAAGCAAGGAGCCCAGAUGGCGAGCUAAUUCUUUCUUAGUGGAUAAUCCUUCUUAUGAGACUGCUGCCAUAAGAGAGGCAUUUCAAUGCCGAGUUCUGUCAUGCAUCUGGCGAGUUCGCCGAUCAUGGAUAAGGAGCCUUUUAAAGAAAUGCUACAACUUUGAUGUGCAGCGAGAGAUGUUUAAGUACCUCGGUACCAUCCUGUAUUGCACGAGAAACUUAUCAACUGCCAUGGAUGCAAUUCAGGAGUUCAUGGAAGUAUUCGUAGACCAACAUAUGUUUAUGGACUAUUUUAAGAGUCGGUGGUUACCUCAUAUUGGUUCAUGGAUUAAUGGCAUCAGGUCUCUGCCAGCAGCAGGUCCGGAGUUCCAGGCUGCAGUCGAGUCCUACCAUCUAAGAACGAAGCUCAAACUUCUAAAUGAGCGAAAUUUAAGUCUCUUCUUGAGAACCGAUUGGUUGGUCCACACUUUAACGACUGAAUACCACUCUUUGUUCUGGUUGGAUCAAUACUCCUCGGAGACUGGGUUUCUUGCUGAUCUGAGGGAUCAGAAUUUCUCAACCAAUGCCUGGUAUCAUGCUCUAAAUAUCCCAGCCAUUGAUGUAAUCUUGGACGAGCAGAAUCUGCAGCCUGCAAAAGUUCUCUCUCGAACAGACAGGACCUACGCUUGUACAAUCUGGAAUCCUGGGUCAGAAUUCUCAAUCUGUGACUGUUCCUGAGCGAGACUCGGGAAUCUCUGUAAACAUGUAAUCAAGGUUGCGAUUUUAUGCAAAGAUCGGCAGGUUGCAAGACCAUUGUUGGCAGAGCAGGUCUAUCGGCAGGCUUUGCUUACUCUGGUGCAGAAACCACCAGAUGAUCCUGUCGUUCUUGAUCAUGCUAUUGCACGGGAAAUCCAUUUACAACAUGACAUUAAAGGCUUGGAGGAGUUGUCUAAUAAUGGGUUGCUCCUGCCUCUUGCUGCUGAAUUUAAUCCCCAGAUGGAAGAUAAUAUUAUCCUUCCACGUCCCAGUUGACUCCACUGCAGAAAGAAGCAGAUUGUCUGUCUUGAGUUUUGCCUAAUGCAGCAAGCAUAAAGAUCGACGAAAUGCAAUUUCCUUGCUUUGGGAAGUUCUGAUUGUUGAAUUUAAGAUUCAGAUGCUUCGAGGAAAGGAAAGAUGAAGGGAAGAGCACGCAUCCAAAUUUGCUUGUCUGGGUAUAAUAGGAUCAACGUGAAGCUACAUAUGCUCGUGGAAGCUCCUUGUAGGUUGGAGGCAGCUUAUGGUGAGGCACGUGUGGCGCAUAUUACAUUGUUCGUUAUGCUGUACGGCUGAGCUUUUCAUGAAGAUACAGUGAAUGUCCAGAGAUACGAUGAAAAUGGAGAAAGUUCAGGGUUGAAGGGAAAGAAUGGCAUCUUUUAUGCCUCUGACUGAGAUGUUUGAUCAGAAAGUUUUUUCACAAGGUUUCUCACAUGAGAAAAUAUGUCCUGUAAGUCUGUGACCUCUGUGCUAUCAUAUCAGUGCAGCAUGCAGGCGUGGUUAAUUGCGUGCGAGAGCCUUGAGCCGUCUUCUCUUCAAUAUUUUCAGGGAUAUACUUCACGCCUGAAAAAAGAUGGAUGAUAUUUUCAUGUAUGAUUUUGAAUUUUUCUAGUUUAUAUAAAAAGUAAGAUGCACAUCGUUUUUCCUUUGUGACCAAAAUGUCUUCAACCUUCACGAGCUUCACCUGUUUCCAAUUUAUUUAUUUAGUUAUUUA